GCUGCUGGGGAGGGGGACCGAGCAGCCUGUCUCUCCUCCCUCUUCCCCAGCCACCUGUCCAGUGGGCAGAAACUGCUGCGCCGGAGCGCAGAACGGAGCGCGCCGAAGCCUGAGCCGGCCCCGCCUCUGGAGCGCUCUCCGGAGCUUUCGGGCGGGAAGCGCCGGCCCCCUGGGCCACGCCCCCAACUCCUCCGUAACCCCAGGCCCCGCCCACCCGACGGGAAUUCUCAGCGGCCAUGGGGACGCGGAGCAGCCCGGACCUGGGGACCCCGCCGGCGGCGGUCCCGGAGUGCGACACAGAGGUCCGAUCUCAAGGGGCCUCCAAGCCCCGGGGGCACCCCAAAGACUCCCGCGAGCGGGAGGCGCCCGAGGCCCCGGCAGAGCUUCCGAGCGGCCAAGGAGCUGAGCAGCAGGCGAAGGAAGAGGAAGAAGUGGGAGAAGGCAGCAGCACCGAAAGCAGCCACGAUGCGGCGGAGGCUCCGUCUCCAGUGCAGACCCCGGCCACGCCCCCCGCACCAGCUCUGUCCGGAGAAGGGGUGCGAGGGGCGGCGCGGCGGCUUCGCGCGCAGCAGCUGGAGGCCCUGACUCGCGUGGCUUUAAUGGAGCAACGAGUGAAAGAGCUACAGCGUCAGAGGAAGGAACUGAGGAUCGAGAUGGAGGUGGAGGUGGCCCUGCUGCGGGGUGAGCUGGCUGGGGAGCGAGUGGCCGCUCGGCGGGAGGAGGAGCAGCUUCGCGAGCUGCUAGGGCAGCAGGUGGACUCAGAGAAGGGCGGCCAGGAGCAGCGGGAACAGGAACAGAGGCAGCUGAGCCAGGAGCGGGAUCGUGUGGAGGGUCUUCGCCAAAGACUUCAGGAGGCCCAGGAGCAGCUCGACUCACAGCCCGAAGACCAGCAUGAGCGGCUUCUGCAGGGAAUGCAGGAGAUGAGGGAACAGCUGGACGUGGCCCAGCGUGCCUACGAGGACCUGGAGUUCCAGCAGCUGGAGCGCGAGAGCCGGCAGGAGGAAGAAGAUCGGGACAGCCCUGGGGCCGGGGCGCCAGACCGCAAGGUCCAGGAGCUCCAGGCCAGUGUGGCGCAGCACAGGCGCCGGAUCCAGGUCUUGGAGGAGCAGCUCAAGUCGCUGGGGGAGCAGAUGGCCGCUGAGAGCCGGGGGCUGAGCCGGAAGAAGGAGGAGGCCCUUCAGGCCCUGACGCAGGAACGGAGCCGACUGCUUGAGCUUAACUGCCUUCAGGGAACCCCUGGCGGGGACUUCUCUGAGCCCAACCAGGCUCUCACCAAGCUCCUCUUCACCCAGAAGACAGACCGCCAGUUGCUGGUUCUCCAGGAUCCCACUGCCCACACGGCCGCCGCCACCUCUUCCUGCCUCUUCUCUGUUCACAGCUCCCUCCAGGGCUCCAUUGGCCUCCAGAGGACUGGAAGCCUGUCCCGGAAGAGGGGAGAGAGAGCCAGUCAGAGAGGAUGUCCCCGGCCUCUGUCGCUCCAUUGUGCCGGAUCCCUGGAGGCCUCGGCCCUCCCGCCUGAAGCUAGAGACUCCGGGAGGCACCCUCUCUAUCAGCUGCUAAACUGCGGCCCCGGGAAUAGCUGCAAGGGCCUCUACCCAGACAUCGCCCGAAUGGAGCAGCUCCUGCAGCAGGCUGUGGCGGAGAGGGAGCGGCUGCUGCAGGCCAGGGAAGGGACAAGAAGCAAGGAAAGUCCCUCAGGCCCCCCUGUACCUGCCAUCAUGGCCCCGCCCAUGCCGCCAUCCAGCCCUGCUGGCCCUCGGGUCUUGGAUCUCCGGCAGCACCUGGAGCGCUGGGGCCACAAUCCGGAAAACUGCCCACACUUACAGGUUUCCGGAGGCUGCUGCCGCGGACCCCUGGUGAAGAUGGGUGGCCGUAUCAAGACCUGGAGGAAGCGAUGGUUCUGCUUUGACCGCCAGGCCCGCCGCCUGGCCUACUAUGCCGAUAAGGAAGAGACCAAGCUCAAAGGUGUCAUCUACUUCCAGGCUAUCGAGGAAGUCUACUAUGACCACUUACGCUGUGCCUUCAAGAGCCCGAACCCUCGCCUAACGUUCUGUGUCAAAACCUACGAACGCCUUUUCUACAUGGUGGCCCCCAGCCCAGAGGCGGUGCGUAUUUGGAUGGACGUCAUCGUUACAGCGGCUGAUGAGAACCACGCCCCCUGAUUGACCACACUCUCUCGGGGGACGUCUCAGUGAAGCUCCGCCCCCGCGCAGUGUCUCGAAGCCACGCCCACUGCCGGGAAGCCUGCCCCCGCCCCUUUGUAACUCUCCAGGGAAUUUUGUGGGUUUGAUGGCUCGGCUGGUCUGAGCCGCGACUUUUCCGGGCUGCGGGUGCCUUCUCCGGAUGGGAAGCCAGCCCCUCGGGCUCUGCCCCGGACUGGAGAAAAAUUGCGGGGGCGGGAAGGAACUAUUUAUUGUUGCUCCUGUGAUACCGAAUUAAACAUGGAAGAAAACAGUUUGCUGAGGUUCCCAGCAUAGACGUACGGGACCCCUCGACCCCUAGGCAAGGCAUCUGAGUUACGGAUACCCAAAACAACCAACCAGCCAUCCCUCAGCUGGUUCUUCCCAUAAGGAAUGGAGGUCUUCUUCAACCCCAUGGUCUUGGAUGGGAGCAGGGGGUGGGUGUAGAGAGGCAUGUGGCAAUUUUGUUUUUUCACUUUGUGGGUCCGCCUGCUUCCACCCUUUUGGACCUGACUGGGCAAUUUCUAGGCAAUUGGCAAUUUCUAGGAACUCCUAGGUUCCUGCCUUCCAGGCCUUGGCACAUGUGAUUCCCUCUGCCCUUCCCUUAACUGGCUAGCUCCUUGUUCUUAGCUUCUUAAUUGGAUUGUCGCCUCCUACAGGCAACCUUUCCUGACUCCCCCACCUGGAUCAAACACACCCUCUCCUUUGAGCUCCUCUGGGCUACAGUCCAUUGGGUCACAAAGAGUUGGACACGACUGAACAACUUAGCAGUCACGCACACAUGGUCCAUUCCUUAGCAUCCUGGGUCAUCACUGGUGAUGGAUCAAUGUCCCGACAGACUGGGAGCUCCAAGAAGGCAGAGCCAGGGCUGGCCUGGUCAUGGAUGUAUUUCCAGCACCAUAGGGCACAUUUCAUUCCACGAAAGGGGAAAAUAAAGCUAUCCUUUCAUCUCUCA